GACCUUGACUCGCCCACUUGUACCAUUUUGACAGUCAGCCGGCCGCCUGUCAAAAAUCUCGUAAUCACUACUAAAAAACGGUCUUCAUCGUCUUAACAAUCACAUUUACAAACUGCUAACAAUGUUCACCCUAAGACAACUGUCUCAGGCUGUCGCCAGAAAUGCAAGAUCAAAGCACACUUUGCCCGAUCUGCCAUACGAUUACGCGGCCCUGGAGCCGGUCAUUUCGAGGGAGAUAAUGAACCUUCACCACAGCAAACACCACCAGACUUACGUAACGAAUCUGAAUGCCGCUGAAGACAAACUUCGAUCAGCUGUAGAGAAAAAUGACGUCAGUACCGUGAUUUCUUUGCAAGGCGCGUUGAAGUUCAAUGGUGGUGGUCACUUGAACCAUUCCAUCUUCUGGCAAAAUCUGAGUCCCACAUCCACCAAACCCAGCGCCGAUUUGAGCGCCUUGAUCGACAAAUCAUUCGGCAGCUUCGACAAGAUGAAGACCGAUCUUUCCACCGCCACUGUUGCCAUUCAAGGAUCUGGAUGGGGAUGGCUUGGAUAUGAUAAGAAAACAGGUUUGAUUAAGAUCGCAACCUGCGCAAACCAAGAUCCUUUGGAAGCUACAACUGGUUUGGUCCCACUUUUGGGCAUUGAUGUUUGGGAACACGCUUAUUAUUUGCAAUACAAAAAUGUGAGGCCAGACUAUGUUAAGGCCAUUUUUGACAUUAUCAACUGGAAAGAUGUAUCUGAAAGGUUGGCCAAGGCUAAGUAAACAUGCAACCAGUAAUAAAUCACAAAAGCUAACAUAGGUAAAAUGAAAUUUUUCCUGAAAUAUUAAUUUAGUUUGUUCUGUUAUACUCUAUAUUUUUAUUAAACGCCUAGUUGUUUUUACAUUAAAAAA